AUCCUUGAAAUUCCGGUGUCUAGCACACGUUCGCGCUAGUUCACAUAAACCAGUGGUUUCUCAAGUUCAAACUAUAAGUAGCCGAUUUACACAACCGGUGAGAGACGCCGGAAAAGUUGCUAAUUCGGGUCCUUCCACCUGCAGCAUUGAACCGUUGAAUCACAUCAUUGACAUCCAGUUCCAUUUGUAAUGCUCCAAAGCGUUUAGCGUCGCCUUCUUUUGCAUACUCGCUCUUUACAUCUCCAACCACGACCAGCAUGCGUCGCAUGUCCUCUGUAUUCUUUUCGAGACGUGCCGACAAGCCAAAUGCACCGUCGUCCAACGACACCGACUCUCUCCCUCAAGAAGAAGCUACGAAACGGAAGACUAGAAUGUUCACCUCGCUUUCCCGAAAAGCGGCUCCCGCACAAUUCCUCGCUAGCGGUUCCUCAUCCUCAACAUCCUCCGGCUCUGCAGAGCUGCGUACUCCUGACGACGAAGAGUCACCCCGCAUAGUCAUACCAAGUCAGAAAGGUAGCUGGAAAUCAUGGUUAGGGGUGAAAAACCUGGACAAAGGUGAAGGAGAUACGAAAGCAGCUUCUUGGCUGCCGCCUUUCCCGACAGCAGGCAUCGCAUUACGUCCUCCACCAAAACCGACAUCGAAUGAGACGGAUAAUGCGUCAUCCGAAUCUGAAUCUGAAGCAGAUCAUCCUCAGGAUUCUCCCAUCCAGAAAUUUGCACAAUCUAUUACCCAGGCACGAAAUAGUAUGAGAGUAAUUAUUCUCAACAGUUCCCUCGACUGUGAUCGUCCUUCUUGCCCUCCUCUUUUGGAUAUUCCCCACAACACACCGUUUCCUCGUUCCUGUCUGCGUGUGGGGCAUGUUCGUCGCAGAGACAACCUGGAAUCCAAGAUGCACAGGGCAGUGCUCUUGAGAAAGUUAGAGUCCCUUUCCCCCUCAGAAGAACGCAGUCUAGCACCCCUUGGUAGUCGGCCCGUGACCUUGAAAGAAGCAUCGGCACACAAUCCCGAUAUCGAUACUUGGCCGAAGGCACAAUCUUUAAGGCGAAACAGCGAAGGUCUCGGCAAUUGGGUAGCUCGCCCUUGUUUCGAAGACCGAGUUUCCGUGUGGACUCGCCAGGAACCCUUCGGUGAAAUAGUCUCCUCCGGUAUCUCUGGGUCGCAGCUUGGUGUUGCAGCUCUCGAAUUCUCAGAACCGUUACAAAUACUGGCAGGCUUGCUGUCUGACAUUGAUGAUGACUUCGAACCAUCUGCAGAGCCUCAGCCUGAGCCGUUUCUACCUCCCUCUGGGGCCGCAGUCGCAUCGCCAUCGACGGAAAAACUCAGCCCCUCCGUUGCCGUCGCAGACUUUGAAUUCUCGCCCCUUACGCUUGCAGUUGACUCACCGGACGAAACUAAACGGGAUACUAGUAAUCUCACAAUAGCAGAGCCGACCUCUAGACCCGUUAUCAAACGAGGUGUGAGGUUCGCAGAAGAUGGCAAGGACGAUCAAAUUCCAUUGGGUUAUGUCUUACGUAUCAAGAAAAGGCGCGAAGAGAAAGCGAAGUUUCUUCGCGAAGAGCGUGAGAAACGAGAAUUGGACGCGGGACGGCGUGCACGGGAAGACAGGCGUGCGCGAGAGGAGGAGCACCGUUUGCGGGAGGAAGAACGCCGUUUGCGGGAAACACAAGUGAGAGAGCAGGAAGAGGAGCGCAAGGCUCAUGAACUUCACAAGAAGAAAUUAGAGGAAGAAAGACGACAACAAAAUUACGCCUCGGAGUUGCAGGCUUCGCGGGCCCGCCGAGAUGCCUCUAGAACUGGUCAUAUUUCUUCCUCAUCAUCCCUGGUUCGGGACAUGGAACGUGACAGAUCUGUAUCCCGUGGCGCUCGCCCGUCUGGCUUACCAUCAACCCACCAACGGACAGCAGAUCUUAGGGUCUCCUCUGCAAGUCUCUCACCUUACGAUCGUUCUCCUGCCAGUUCGAUGCCUGCUACCCCGGGGAGCCAGCAUAGCUUCUCAAGGCCUCCAUCCGUCUACUCAGUUCACACCACAUCCUCAGAAGAUGCACGAGGUCGGGAUGGGCGGUCCAUUAGCAAACGCACCUCUGUUGCAUUUGAUCCGUCAAAGCAAUCUUCGUUACCGUUAUUGAAUCCUCGCGCGUCACUUCUACCAUACAACCCUUGGGGCAACAUGCCAGUUUCGCCUUUUCCCGUUCCACUUCCCGCCACUCCCAUGAUGGCCAUCCCAUACUAUUCCUUAAAUCCUUUACUUCCCCCUUCUCCUCCUUUCAUGAUGAACCAGUUUGGCAUGGCGAACCAGUUCGGAAUGCAACCGUACCCUUCCCAUGGUCAAGUUCCUUCGUCUCCACGACCAAACAGCUUUCCAACCCCUAGCUCAGAAAGCGUCCACCAUAAAUCUCGCGCUGCUUCUCAUUCUCCCGGGCACUUUCCUAACCAUCAGCGGCGUGCCAGCGAUGAAACACGCGGACACCUGAGUAGCAGUCAUACCACAGCUGAUCGGAAGUACGGCAGCCAAACAGACCUGAGGGACAAAAGGUCUUCCCAAGCCGCAUACUCUUCCCACAGCAGUGGCCUUCAUCGUUCCCGUCAGCCACCUACAUUAGUGCACGCCCACACCGCACCUGGAAGGCCAGUUUCGGCAUCCCAAACUCGCUCGACGCCAAGUCGGCAUCAAAGUGCAUAUCCAUAGUACGUGCAGGACAUUUAAUCAUGGACUGUUAAUACCGCAUCAGGACCCUAUCUUUGGUGUCACGCUCAUUUACAUAAAUGCAUGAAUACUCAUCUUACACAUCGGAAAUCAUCACAGCACAGUUCUAUUCUUUAGGUUCAAUCGUACUCUCAUGCCCAGCAUACGAGCGCAGCGUAUCAUUAUUAAUCUUCUGGCAUUCAUUCUACUUCUACGUAGUACUUCGAGCAUAUGUUCCCGAUAUGCUCUUGGCCGUGCCCAACUUCAUGCUUUCAUUUCAUCUAAUUUUCAUGUACAAUAUACAUCGUUCUC